AUGACAGUAAUCAUAACAAACUUGUGAACAUGGCGAGUGACAUAAAUUUUGUGAAACAGUUUGGCCACAAUGCAGGGGACUAUGGGUCUGAGUUUGAAGUGGACGAGGAACAGGAUGCAAAGAGAAGAUCAAGAUAUGAUUUAGCCACCAAAAGUCACCAUUCAAGCGCUGCUCUUCCAUCUAAGAGACUCGUAAGAGAAGAGUACAGUAGGGAAGAAAGCAAGAAUCAGAGAUUUCAUUUCCUAGCUCUGAAUGCUUACGGCCGCCACAAACAGCUUGUGAAUAACUACAUCUUAGCGUAUGCUGGUACUAAAGAAAACCCAUUCAAGAGAAACACUGACAAUGAUAAGACAGACUUGGAUGUGAUUCGUGAGAAUCAUCGAUUCUUAUGGGAGGAUGCGGAUGAAGCUGAGUCCUCAUGGGCCAAGAAGCUCGCUAAGAAGUACUGGGAUAAACUCUUCAAAGAGUAUUGCAUCACGGACCUCAGCAGAUACAAAGAAAACAAGAUUGCACUUCGAUGGAGGGUUGAGAAAGAGGUUGUAGAGGGCAAAGGUCAUUUUAGCUGCGGCAACAAGCGAUGCACAGAGUCGGAAGGAUUACGCAGUUGGGAGAUUAACUUUGCUUAUGUUGAACACGAAGAGAAAAAGAAUGCCCUCGUCAAACUAAGACUUUGUCCGGAAUGCUCAUACAAACUCAACUUUCAUCAUAAACGACGAGACGUGACGAAGAAACCCAAUACCAAAUCCACAAGUGAAACAUCCUCUCCCGAUCGAAAGAAAUCAAAACACAAACGCAAGAAGUCUAAAUCCAAAGAGAAACGUAGGCACAAGAAACGGCGUAAGCAUAAGGAGAGUUCAUCGUUAUCUUCAUCAUCGGAAGAAGACGAAUAUGAAGAGAAGACGUCUCAUGGGAAAAAAGAUGAAGCUACUGCAGGUGGCAGUGAUGUUUCAGACAGCAAGUUCUGGAGUGGUCCUGCACCCAUCGUUGAAGACAAGUCAAGGGAAGAAGAAUUUGAAGAAUACCUCCAGGACAUAUUUCUCUGACGUCCCUUCUUGCUCAACCAGCUGAUAAUAUUACAACCAGCAAAGAUGCUGUCGGAGCCUUGACAAGAGACUAGGCAGUACUUCCUGCAAUUUCUCGACUGUACCAAGCACCAGGCUGACAUUGGGGGCUUUGUUUGCAAGCGGUUGAAGGUUACAGAAACAUUUCCAGUUAGAGGCUUGAGAAGAGUCUAAGAAAUACUUCUCUCAAUACCAUGUGGUUAUGUGUGCAACUAAAGGCAGGAAGACAGCAACUCGUUCACUACAGAACCUUGAGAGGAGACUAGGAAAUAUUUCCUUAUAUUUCCUGCAAUUUCUCAACUGUAUGAAACAAACAUCAAGCUAAGAUUGGAUAGCUUUGUUCAGAGGAAGACAGCUACUCAUUCCCGAUACAAAAAUGAGACAAUGAAAUAGUGUUUUUUCUCCAAUAGUUAAAACAUUCAACUGUUAAAAGCUUCGGGCUUCAAAUAGACUGAUUUGAUGGUCUUACAGAGAUAUUACAUCAGAAGUUACAUCAGAACAACAUAAUAAUAUUAAUAGUGGCUACUUAUAUCGCGUGCAUAUCCCUCACUUAGUGAUGCUCCUGGCGCUGAAGCACAAGUAUUUUCCGUCAGUAUGUUUGAAUUAUGAGACCUACUCCUUUUACAUCGCACUAUGUAAUGGUUAACAAGGUGCUGUGGCGCAAUAUGCAGCCAAUCAAACCAGGAACAUUGGGUGAAAUCAGACAACUAAAUAAUCAUUUACUUUAAACAAAGACGCAUGGAAUAAAGAAAGCUUAUCCAGACCUUCAAUAUUAAUCAACAGUUUAUUGCAACUAUGUGGCAGUAAUAAUAUUGCAACUCGGUGAAGUUAAUUAAUGGAUGGAAUAAAAGGAUUUGAGUAAAUACUAGAAACAAUACAAUCUUUGAUAGUUACUUCAUGUUCCUUGUACUUUAUCAGCAACUUAAAACAAAGAAAACCAAUGCUUAUUAUUUGAAUCAUCAGUGCAAAGUAGUAUCAAGGAGUUAGUUGGAUUUCAAAUUUCAAGUGUCCUUUAUUCUGAAAAACAAAUUAGUAAUUUUUUUUUUAUAGCCGAGAUUGUAAGUCUCUGAUGUGUGCUGGCUGACUCUACAGUGUGUGUCCUAAGACUGCUACCAAGGUGCAUGAACUGAAUGCGAUAAAAGGGGAUGUGAUGGAUUCGGGAGGUGAUGGUUUAGGGGGCAGGCCAAUGCAGAAAGGUAGGCCUUGAUUUGGGGCAGGAGAGGUUUGAACUGACCAAGAAUGGGAAAGGGGUCACACUCAGUAAACCAUUUUCUCUUAGAUACUCUAAACAGAUUCAUAACAAGAUUUGUUAAACACAUUGGCGUCAUUUAUCCAAAGCAUAUUUUUUAAGGUGAAGGUCAGAGGUUAAAACCUAUGACCUUUGACCCUCACCAGUCCAGACACCUGUCUAUUUCAAACCUUGCAAAUUUACAACUUGUCAUCAAUCACUUAAUCUCAGCUUAAAAUAUUUUUCUUAAUGAACACAAGUUGAAUUAGCUAGGCAAAACUUACACCUGCAAUUUUACAAACGAUUGUUUUUUUAAAAGACAAAUCCAGAUUCGCUGACUUUUCAUUCAUUCUCUUUACAAUAAUAAACACAAACACUGCCACAACCUCCUGUAAUCAUUCAUUGAGAACUUGUGAGAACUAAUCAAGAAAAUUAGAGCUAACAAUACUACUGAAAAUGUGAACAUUGAGCCAAGGCUUCCUAAAAAAUACUUUUUAUUAAUAAAAUAGAUUUUAACUUUAACGCCACAAAUUGACAGAUACCCUCGCUAAAACUGAAAGAAGUCACUUUUUUUUUUAAAUUCAGUUGCUAAGUUUUUGAAUCUCUCUCUUGUCAACAGGGCCCACUUUUAUAAAGCCUGUAAGCACAAAACUUGCUAAGCACUGAAAAGUAUUGCUUAGCAGAAACACGUGUCAGCCAAAAUUACAUAAAGUUUGCAUUGUUUGUUGAGGCUGGUCCCCCACUCAGUUUUUGCUUAGCAAAAACAUUUGCCAAGCAGUAUUUUUUUGCCAAACAGCUUUAUGAAUAUGGGCCUAGAGCUUAUUUCAUGCUACACUGUACUCAGCCGUUCGAAUUUAGUCUCUAGACAAAAACUUAAUUUCUGUUUGCAUCUGAGCAUGAGAAUCCAGUUUGGACCCCAUUUUUGUCCCCUCUCCAUUUCACCCUAAUGUCUUGUGAAGCCUCUGGAACUAAUUUGCUUGAACAGGGCAGUAGGAUAACUCAACAAAUUAACAAUAGUAAACAUAAACAACAACUUUCCUCCUCUCUCAUUCAAACGGUGCCAGCUGCUAAUAAUACAAUUGUCUAAACGUACAAUACUGGAAAAUAAAACGGCACACCUGAAGAAUAAUACUGACCAGUCCCUUGUGAUUAAUUUGGCAAGUGACUGGAAAAUAUCGCCAGAUCACGAGUUUUGUGUCAACAACUCUAAAUUGUUUAUGCUCUUCUGCUUAUUUUCUGUGACAAAAAUAGGAUGAAUAACCACACAGGGUUCUCGUGAGAGUCUGAAUUAAUAAGCUAACAAUUAUCAACGGGUUUCAGCCAAACUAUCCCGAUUUAGGUAUAAUUCUAUCCUGAUUCAAGUAUAAUUCUACCCUGUUUCAAACCAUUAUCUCCCAAAUCAGAUAUAAUUGUGUAUCCUUUUGAGGACAAUACCUUUAACAUUUGUAUACAUGUAGCUCACUGGAUCAGAGUUGAACUAUCACAAAUUUGGAUAUACUUCUACCCCGAUUGGAACUAUCUUCCCAAAUAACCAAUAUCAAACUCCCACACAAGGUGAGUUAGAGUACUUUCAUGAGAAAACAUCAAAGUAAAAACCAAAUCAAUAAAUUGUAUCUUGAAAACAAUACCUUACGGCCAAAAGAACCAGUCGAGUAUUGAAAUGAGAACAUACUGAAAACAAGUUCUUAUGUUAGUUCUGUUCGUUAUUACCCCAAAAGAAGAAGAAAUGCCGUUUUCUUUUUCUUCUAACUUGAGUACUUUUGUGCUAAAAUGGUACAUUUCUAUUACACCUAAUUACCAUUUUGUUUAUGUGUUUUUACAUCAAGUACUUUUAAUUUGAAAGGAAAUUUGCCUGGGUGGUAUUGGUUUACAUUGAAUCAGUAGCUUAGCAAAAUGAGAAAUAAAUUUGCCUUUUCUACUGAAAUUUGAAAGCAAUAACCACUGAGCCGAUUUUGAUAUAUAAACUAUUUUCUGUCAGACCCAAGUAACAAAACUUGCAUAAGAUAUUAACACAUCAACAUUAAAUUUACCUGUUUUUUUAAUAUUGUCUUCCGGCUUUGCCUACCUAUACAUGUGCUUUGGAAGAUACCACUGCUCAUAUAAGGGGUGUGCAUUCUCUAUACAUUAUACAUACACUCUCUUAGCUAGCAUUGCCGGUUAAUUUUUUUUUGUGCACAUCAAAUCUGGUGAAAUAUUGAAAUAAUUUCUAUUUAAUGCAUAAAUCACUUGGUAGUUAAACUCUCUUUUUAAAAUUUCAAUAUAUAUUUAAAGCGAUUACUCACUAAACUCUGAAAAGCUGCUAGUACAAAAUUUAAAAUUGAAAGUACUAUAAUAUAAUGUUGACACUUCUUAACACGGUCUUUGUUAAACAAAGCUAAAUACUUUAAAUUGAUUUAUAAUUAAAAGUGCUUCAAAAACACCCUGAGCUGCAAUCUUUCAGCUAGAAGUGGGUUUAGAACUGUGUACUAUAUAGGCAGCCAAAACACCUGUCUAGUACCUCAUCUCAUACUGAUUCCGUCUUAAGAGUCACCAAACCAGAACCAGUCUAUCAGUUUCCUUUUGGUAAACCCUGUUUUUAAUUUUUUGUAUUUUCUGUGGAAUCUCAAAGACAAUAGUUUUUGUUCUCCAACCCAACACUAUCUUGAAAGACUAAACUCGUCAAAUAAAAUUCAUAAAAACUCCAACAUUUUUUUAUAAUAUCUCUGAAACGGAACACAAAAUCCAACUAGUUUACAUAUGCUGAAAUAUCUCUAUUUUGUAUAUAACACUAUUUACAUUGAGUUUAAACACUGAACCCUGAGAAAGUCUUGAACGCAACACAGGGAAGCAAGCCAAAGCACAUGGCUAAAUUAAUUCAACCAUCCAGCUCCCGGCUUCUAACUCUGAAGGUUUUUUCCUGCUCCCUCAAUUCCCCCGCCCUCCCCUCCCCUCCAACCUUAUGGCCUAAAUUAGUUAGACCUUCAUUUAUGUACAUGCCCCGGGCAGAGAAAUAGUCUUUUGGGGUAGAAUUUUAUUUAAGUACAAUUGCAAGAUAAUAUUAAGAUUCAACUGUCCAUGACCUUCUUGUAGUUGAAACAGACUUAUUUAAACUCAAUGCCAAAAUUAUUGCAAUUAAAAAAGACGGUAUUAUAACCUCAUUCUCACAGACCCGUCAUUUUUAAUUUUUAAAAUUUAUGGCAAGCAUAAGAUUUUUGGCACAAAUUAAAAUAUUGUAAAAA